AUGAUCAGCAGAAGCAGCAGAAAUGUGUCAUUCUCAGCAAUGCUGUAUGUCAUUUUCUUACUAGUGAAUCUGGCCCUCAAAAAAAAAACCACGUGGCAAAGCACGUCCCAUGACGCCUCUGUUGGUUCUGAGAAAGCUGUUGAUGGUUUAAAAUCAGAUCUGUCCUACGUUGGACAACAGUGCAGUAUUUCAUUGGAUGGACAGACAACUGUGACAUGGUGGGUGAACCUCGGGGGGAUCUUAAGUUUAUAUAACAUAGUCAUCUUCUACAGGACGGACAACCUAGUCUGGAAUGCUUCUAAUGACCACUCUGGUAGAUUUCUGGGAUUUUCUGUUUAUGUAUCCAACACAACAAACAGACUUGAUGGCAUGUUAUGUUUUCACGAUACAAUGUACACCAGGGCCACAAUACCAGCUGUCGUCAUUAUAACAUGCAUUGUACAUGGUCAAUACGUCAUCUACUACAACGAGAGAAUUCAAAAUAUUAUUUAUCCAAGUGAAUAUUCCACGCACGCAUUUGUUGAACUCUGUGAGGUUGAGGUUUAUGGUUGUCCUGCUCCUAGACGAUAUGGGUCAAAUUGUUCCCUGCAGUGUCCUACAAAUUGCAAGCAGUACUGUCAUAUAGAAUCAGGAUAUUGUUUUCAGUGUCAUCCGGGCUAUAUGGGCGGUCAUUGCGAACAGCAAUGCAGUACGAAGAAAUAUGGAGAAGACUGCAGUCAGGACUGUGGUAUCUGUCUGGAAUACAAACAAUGUGAUCACAUAAAUGGAACAUGUCAGGAUGGAUGUGAUAGAGGUUACCAUGGGCACCUCUGUAGAACAGAGUGUGUACCAGGACAGUAUGGUGUGAACUGUAAGGACACAUGUAGUGAACACUGUUUAGUAACAAACAGAUGUAACCAUACCACAGGGGAAUGUCGGGGUGGCUGUAAACCAGGGUGGAAAGGAUUAUAUUGCGAUAAAUCUAAAGAAGAGCCCAAUUGGCAAGUCCGAUUUUAUGGAGUUCUUGCAGCGCUUUGUGUAUGUGUUACAGUCAUUGCCGUGUUGAUAGUUGUUAUGUGCCUGCUGCAAAGGCAGAGCAAGAGUGGGACACAUAAGGGGCACCCAUUAAAUGAAAGGCAACAUCCCAAGCUUAAUGUUAGUUAUAUAGAAGAGAUGACCGGUGGAAAUGUCAAAAGUGAAUACCAAGAGCUAAGUGAAAGAGAUGAUACCUCUCCAUAUGAUGUUAUCAAGUCAUAG